AUGUCUGAUCCUAGAAGAAGAAAGACCCGUCAUGUCUUGACGCCAGAGAAUCUCUCAUCAACCAUUCAAGUGACAAAUUUACCUGCGGAUUGGACACAGGAUACUGUUUCAUCCAUUGUGGCAGGAUCUGGGCCUAUUAUCAACAUCAGUAGCAAGAAUGAUCCACGUACUGGUAAGCUUAGCGCUGUACUUUACGAUUAUAAGACCAGCAAGGAUUGCAAAAGAGCGCUCGAUAUCCUGAGCCGAAUAAGCAAUUUGCCAUGUCAAUUGGAGAGGAUUAUUCCUCCUAACUACGAAAACCAUGCAGAGGGCAAAAGCGAAUUGACUUUGAACAGAGAUUCAUUUCCUUGGAAGUCGGGUCUAGAUUUACCAUUUGAGAUGGUCUCCGAAGUUCCUCUACCACGAAAGCCCGUUACGACUUCAGCGACGUCAGGUACCAGUAAUGAUGCAAAAGUGGCAUUCCCAGAUAUUUUGAGUAAAGCCUCCCAGCAUUUGCCUCAAUUGCAGCCGGGUGUCCUAACAGUGACAGAUCCCGUGUCGGAAAACUUGAGCAAGACACCGCCUUUGCAACUGAUUGAGAUUAUUUCGAACUUGAAGAUACUGGCAAGUCAAGAUAUUAGCAGGAGAAGCCAGCUGGAAAGCUUUUUGAAGACUAGUCUGGAUAUUUCAGUAUCAGUGACACAAGCGUUGCUCGAGAUGGGAUUUAUAGAUUACAACGCGGUAACCAACGUGAUAAAGUCACAGGCCCAGUCUAAUGGUUCUAUGGCGAAUAACAUGAUCAAGAACGGGAUAGGGAGUGCGACCAGCAGUAACUCGAAUACACCUAUGAACCAAAAUAUGGCGCCGUUGAACAACAGGCCAAUGCCAAUGCCCAUAGCACCGCCUUUUAUGGCGCAACAGCCACAGAUGCAACAGCCUCCGAUGCCGUUUGGGUUUGUACCGCCUCCGAUGCCUUUUAUGCCACCUGCUCCCUCACAACAUUCCCCGCCCCCUAUAGCAGCACCGCAACCUGGUUCGAUCAAUAUGGUUAAGCUACAGAGCUUGCCUCAGAACCAAAGAGAUAUGAUAAAACAGGUUUUGACACUGACAGACGACCAAUUGCGGUCCUUACCAGUCGAUCAAAGGACGAUGGUAGAAAAUCUGAGAAAGGAAUAUACAGUAUAG